AUGGACGGUGAUCAUGGUGAUAAUCCUUUAUCUGACAACGUUAUUGUUCUACUUAUUGCCAUGGGUUCAGCAUUAUUUGUUGUUUCAAUGUAUCAUGUCGUAGCCAUCUGUUUUUGUAACCAUCAACGUACCACCACCAACCCAACACAACCACCGCGGCAACCCGCGACACCGAGCCUCGAAGAAAACACAUCCACAUCAGUAGCAAACCUAUUUCCAACACACAAGUACCAUAAGAGAAAUAAAGAUGAUGCUGUUCCAGAUGGCGAAGGCGACACGUGUGCCGUGUGUUUGGGAGAUUUUGAGGAGGGUGAAGAGUUGAGGACUAUGCCUGAGUGCUUACACUCUUUUCAUGUUUCAUGUAUUGACAUGUGGCUUCAUUCACAUUCGAAUUGCCCCGUUUGUCGUUCCAGUACCGCCCCUUCACCGGUGGUGAAUGGGCAGCAGCAGCAGCAGCACAACAUAGAUAUGCCUCAUACUAAUAUGGUUCCACUUGCUAUCAUGCAAAGUGGACUUGUGAGAUGGUGA